AUGGCGGGGGACAACGUAGGAGACGACAACGCAACAGUUUCGCUCGAUUUCUUUAACCAGUUCGUCACAUACGAGGAUUUUCUCGACUACCACAUCACCAAUGUGGAUUUAUAUUACUUGAAGGAUAAGUACUUGGCCCGCCAGCUAGUGGAACUUGGCCACCUGAGCAGUGGCAGUGUAAUGACCAGGGAGGAGUUUGAGGCAAGGAAAGCAGCUGCAGCAGCCUCGAGUCUGUCCAAAAGCAACCAGCAGAAGACACUGGCAAGUGCAGGAAAAGAACUCACAGAUAACUUCCUGAGAGCCCUGGCAGAGCGAGAGGAGGCCAACCGCAGUGGGAAAAUGAAUACAAUUAUUUUCAUAAGGGACUACAACAGCAUUGGACAGGAAGUAUCUGCCUAUAUAGACUGCGCCCAAAGGCUCAGAACUGAAGAUUUUGAACCAUACUUCAGUGGAAAGAAGAGGCUUAUGCCAAGACGAUCGGAUUUAAGCUUCUACAACUGGAAGACCAAGAUGAGCAUGUCCAACUCCAGUGCCAACUACGAGGUGGUAACCAAUAACCCCAGUGGUCUCCUCUUCAGGAACAAGACAGACGGAAAGGACCUGCAUGUUGAUCCCUGGGGGACACCUGGGGAAAACUCGACCCGGACGCCUCUGCAGUCACAUCUCUACGUCCAAGUGGUCCUCUAUGACCACUCCGUCAGGACGACCGAGGCCUCGGGAGCAGACACACACUGCAAUUAA